AUGCAGCUUUACGGCAGCAUCGUCAUCCUCGUCGGUUGCACUCUAGCUGUCGCGCAAAUUCAGACAUAUACCCCAGAGGAGACAGUCAUCAACUCAGGUCGUCCCACCUUCUACGACCUCACUCCAUCCAUUCCAGGUAAAAUUGCGUUAGAAGAACAUGUUGGAAAUUCUCUCUUCUCGGGAACAUUCACCACCCCUUUUGUCAACUACACCAACGAGGUGAAUUUCGACAUUCCCGAGUAUGUCUCCGACGUUCUGGCGCGCAUCACCAACAUUGAUUCCCGCGUUGCGGCUAUGGAUGCCGCAAACAUUACCAAGACCAUUCUUCUAUAUGGCGCACCGGGGAUUCAGGGCGUAUUCAAUACUACGUUUGCCAUUGAGGCAGCCAAGUUUGUCAACGACGAGAUCGCGCGGGUUUACUCUCGGGGCAAUUACAGCGACCGGUUCGACUUCUGGUGCAGUAACGCUCUCCAGGACCCGCCCAGCGCCGCGGCAGAGUUGGAACGAUGUGUCAAGGAGCUGGGCGGCGUAGGGAGCUUCGUGGGCGGAUACACAAAUAAUGGCUCAGCAGACAGUGUUAUAUACUUGGACCAUCCUAUCAACCGAGUCUUCUUGGAGAAGGUCGUCGAGUUGGAUGUGCCUAUCUACCUGCACCCUCGAACACCUCCACCAGGGCAGCAAUUGGUAUACGAAGGCUACAACUUUCUAGCAGGAUCAGCCUGGGGGUUCUCCUCGGAGACAGCAGCCCAUGCACUACGGCUCAUGGUCAGCGGAGUAUUCGACGACUUCCCCUCAUUAAAAAUCAUACUCGGCCACUGCGGCGAGGGCCUGCCGUUCUUCCUGCCUCGAAUCAAUCAACGAAUCAGGCACUUCACCCACUAUUGGAAAGGGAAGCAAACACCUCAAUACUACUGGGAAAACAAUUUUUAUGUGACGACUUCAGGCGUGCAGGACUCGGGAACACUAAUGGACACCUUGAAGUGGACAGGCGAGGAUCGGGUCAUGUUCAGUGUGGACUAUCCAUUCGAGGACGAUACGGAGAUUGCAACUUGGUUUGACCGGCUGGAGAUGAACACUCAUACCAAGAAGAAGUUGGCAUACGAAAAUGUGAGGAGGCUUUUGAAAUUGAGCAAUUAA